UUCCAAUUUUCAUCCGAGAAUUUCUAAGCUAUCGCAAACUGCUAAAACUUGCCAAAGAUGCGACGCCCUGGAUGGAGGAUGCCCAACUUCAUUACGAUAGUCAAAUUAGUCGUAGCGCAAAACGAAAACGACAGCAGGAGGCGGCCUUUUCUGUUGGCUCCCAGACAUUGGCGACUAAUGUGCACACAUCUUCAUCGCAAUAUUCUGCUCCAAUGGCUCAUCGUACCACUCGCCGCAAGUUGAUACCUGCCUCAGGUGGACCCUUAGGUGGACCCGAAAGUGCUUCCAGUGAAUCAAACUCGCGACCCUUCACCGGCCCUUCGUCUACACUCCAAGCAGCCACCUGUUAUAACCAGGAGAGCCAAGUAUCACAAGUUAACUCAUUUGGGCGUCUCAUACCGGCAAAUGGGCGUAUAUCAUCCGGAGGUAUAUGCUUAAGAGCGGGAAACAGCGAUUAUCCUCAGCAGCCGCAGACUCAAUAAGUUCAAGGCCAUUAUGGGGAAUCGCAGUUCCAACUAGAGGACAUCCCAAACAAUUACCACGACGACACGAUUGUACGGCUCCCCGACGUGCCAACCAACCCCUCCAAUAUCCCAAACAACUACCACGACAACACGAUGGCUCCCCCACGUGCCAACCAACCCCUCCGAUAUCCCCUCGAACAAACCGAAUAGCCUCUCAUUAUUUCAUCCACGCUACAUAGCUCACACUGUCGCUGAUAAAUGCUGGCUUCCCAGCGGCGCAGAAGAUACCAUGGCCCAAAGAUCUGAGGAGUGUUUGUAUUCGGUUCUGU